AAUCGAGUCACAUUUAAACGAAAAGUGAGGUUAACGAACCCAUUUUCAAACGCUCGCCUUAGCAUUUACUAGACAUGAUUUUAAGAUAAUUAUUUAAGAUGCACCGUUUCUUUAGUGUUAAAAAAACCAGUUUUGUAAACCUUCCAGUGGCUAGCUUUAAGGAACAUGGCUUUAAUCGACCGAUUUGCGGUGUUUGUCACAAGUUGCAUAAUAUACACAAAGGCUUGAAUUAUUCGACGAAACGCGACACGGCAGCGGAGGCGAGAGUUCGAAAACGAGCCGCGAAGAAAAUUCCAUCGUACGCCGAAAUCCUAGUGGUGACGAAGGGCAGCACCUCGCAACAGAAAGCGCCCGUUAAGGUGCUCAGUUUGCGAGAUCUGAAAUUUUUCACGAGAACAAAUUUGAACUUGGCCGAAUUGUAUAAGUUGAAAGCGUUACGAAAGGCGGAGAACGUCAACCAGCACACCUACCAUAAUUUGACGAUUAUUGAUCACGCACCAAUCGACGAUGUGAAAGCGCAGAUUGAGCUCGAUUUGAAAGCUACCGCAGCCAGUGUUCCACUUGUAGAGGAAGUGAAGCAGUCCGAUUCGGAAUGUGAACCUUUUGAAAGUUUAGAAAGAAUUCCAAGCAACCCUUUACAGCCAGAGGUAUUGGAAGAAGUUGAAGAUCACACACACACUCAAGAUGCGCAUCUCGUCGUACCCCCAACCGCUACCGAAGAGGUGAUUUCGAGAACGCUCACUGCAUAUAUCGAAGUAUGCAACUACCUGAAAUCGCCGCAACGCGCGCUGAACGCGCUCAUUUUCCACCGCAACCACAAGCACAACGCGAAAAAAGUAUUUCCCUCCAUUAAAAAUAUCAACGUCUACAACGGCUUAAUGCGAGGUUUCGCCGCGAAGGGCAACUACGAAAAAAUCGAAGAAAUUCUAAGCUACGUCGCCGAGGAGAGGAUCGACUUAAACGUGCAAAGUUACGCGGCGAUCUUCGAGUGCCUGGGGCGGAUGAACGCGGACGACGGCCACCUGAAACGGAUACGAUCGCACGCGUCCGAAGCGUACCGAUCGGGAAUAUCGUUCGACAGGAUCAUGAACGAGACGAUGUUCGUGAGCGAUCAGCGCGAUGUGGUCCUAAAGGCGAUCCGCAGUCAUUCGCCCAACUACGAACUCAAACCGUCUCUACCGCACUUACAGUAUUCGAACGAGUUAGUCAACGCGCUCAAUCAUCCCGAUCAGUUGAGGCCGCCGUCCGAAUGCGCGGCCAGAACCGACGGCCUCUUUACAGGCGAAGAUUUGCGGGAGAGAAUUAAUAAGCAAAUCGAAAUUGAGAAGCAUGGCUACGUCACGGUGAAGAGUAUCGAGAAGAAGGAAACUAUCAGCGGCGAAACGUUGGCGUAUCGCGCCGCCUUUGACGACCUCAUCAAAACGUGGGAGAAGGCGGCCCUGGACGGGUUCAAUCGAGACUUGCUCUCCGUUACCGCACGAAGGCAGGUGUUUUCGUUGGAGCCGUACCUGAGGGUGAUCCCGAGCAGGGAGUUUGUUCAGAUUAUCGUCGAGGAGGCGAAGAAGAUCGCGCAGGGAUCCGAGACUUACAGUCCGACUUGUCAGCAGUUGUACAAGGAGCUUGGCUUAAAGGUUUACUUGCGAUACAGGGUGUUGCAAAAGCAAAAAACCGGAGUACUUGACAAGAUUGUGAACGUCCACGGCAAAUACUGUGAGUAUUACGCCAAUCUACAUGGGCAUUCGGAUUCAGAAGUUAAUUACUAUAACAGUCGACAGCUGUGGCAGUGGAUUGAUUGUUUAAACAGGUCGGAGGGAGCUUCUGUGAUGAUUGCUCAUAGACCUUGGACACCGACAGUCUUGCAAAACAUUGGGAAAUUCCUGUACCACAUUAUUAUGCACGAUUUGACGAUCAACGUGAACGUAAUGCGACUUAGCAACAAACACAAGAACUUCCUGCCGAGUUUCUACACAAUUUUCCGCUCGCAAGGUCGCCUGGUAAAGGAGGAGGUGAAGCCGCAUCCCAUAUUAUCACGACUGUACCGUGCCUCGGUACCGGAAACGUUGACCUUCAGCCCGAACGAAGUGCCAAUGAUGUGUCCGCCGGUUCCUUGGACGUCCGUCAAAUCCGGAGGCUACCUCGUCUCUCCGUGCGAGGUGGUCCGGUUACCGAUGCAGGCAAUCCUCCAAAAGCAGCGACUGAGAGAGGCGCCACCCAGUCAAAUUUACCCCUCGCUCGACUGCCUCAAUCAAUUGGCCGCGGUACCUUGGAAGGUGAACGGGCCCGUUUUGGAUGUAGUCCUUGAGGUGUUCAACUCGGGUGGCUCGACGAACUUGGAUAUUCCCGAGCUGCAACCGUUCAUGGCUCCGUUAACGCAAUCUCCAACUGAUAAAAAAAAUGUUUUUCGCCAAAAAUUGCAAAUGAAGAGGAAACGGGCCGAAGUCUAUUCGCUCUGGUGCGAUUGCCUAUACCGACUAUCAUUGGCUAAUCACUUCCGCGACGACGUCUUCUGGUUGCCGCACAAUAUGGAUUUCCGAGGUCGCGUGUAUCCCAUACCUCCGCAUCUCAACCAUUUAGGUUCCGACAUGGCGCGGUCUUUGUUGGUGUUCGCCGAACCUCGUCCAUUGGGUCCGAACGGAUUUGAUUGGCUGAAGCUGCAUCUCGUCAAUCUGACGGGGUUAAAAAAACGAGAUAGUAUCGCCGAUCGGUUAAUCUUCGCCAAUGAAGUCAUGGAUAAAGUUUUGGAUUCCGCCGACAAUCCGCUAACGGGAAAGAUGUGGUGGGCCGAAUCCGAAGAACCCUGGCAAACGCUGGCGUGCUGCAUGGAAAUAGCGCGGGCGCACCGAUCCGAUGAUCCCGAAGAGUACCUCUCCCACUUUCCGGUCCAUCAAGACGGCAGCUGCAACGGACUGCAGCAUUACGCCGCGCUGGGAAGGGAUCAGGCGGGCGCGUACAGCGUCAACUUGAGUCCGUCGCGCGUUCCGCAGGACGUCUAUUCGGCGGUCGUCGCGCUGGUCGAGCAGCAGCGGGCGAAGGACGAGGCGGGCGGAAACGAGGUCGCGAAAAUUCUCAAGGGGUUUAUAAUGCGCAAGGUCAUAAAGCAGACGAUAAUGACGACCGUUUACGGGGUGACGCGAUUCGGCGCGCGUUUGCAGAUCGCGAAACAGCUGAAGGAUAUCGAGAACUUUCCGAAGGAGCACGUCUGGGCGGCGUCCUCCUACCUGACGGGUCGCACCUUCGACUCGCUCCGUUCGAUGUUUACGUCGACGAGAGAAAUUCAAGAUUGGUUUACGGAAUGCGCGCGUCUAAUCUCGUCGGUUGGUAACGAGAACGUCGAAUGGGUCACGCCCCUCGGACUGCCAAUCGUACAGCCUUACAACAAAUACAGAUCCUUCGGCAGUAGACCUUUGUACGAGCCGUUUCACAUGGACAAAUACGAGAAACCCAACGUGAUGAAACAAAAGAACGCGUUUCCGCCAAAUUUUAUUCAUUCUUUAGAUUCUAGUCAUAUGAUGUUAACUUCGCUGUGGUGCGAGCGCAAGGGACUUGUAUUCGUUUCGGUUCACGACUGCUAUUGGACGCACGCAUCGACAGUUGCAGUUAUGAACGAGAUUUGCCGCAAACAAUUCGUGGAGCUUCACUCGCAGAACAUCUUGGAAAAUUUGUCUCAAUUUUUAACGGAGAGAUUUAGCUACGGCAUUGGAGAUUUUUCGGAUAGUGCCUCCGCUGGCGAUAUGAGUAAAUUAAAAUUGAAUCGGGCGCUUGCCAAGUUGCCAAAGACCGGCGAUUUUGAUAUUAAGGAAGUCCUGCAGUCGGUUUAUUUCUUUAGUUAAAUUAACCUCUCAGUUGUUCAUGUUAGUGAAUAAAGACGGCGGUAAACCCAA